GAGAACAUGUUGACUAACAUGUUCCCUCAGCAUUUAUUUUCUUGUCCCUUCCUUAACCAACCAUUUUUUUGUUCUCUUCCUUUUCCUAUUUCUUCUUCGUAUUUCAAUUUCUAGUUUCCAAUAACAAUCUUCAUUCACACCGAACUAACUGGUCAGUGUCAUUCAAGAAUGAUGUCUAAAUCAAUUGGGAUUUAUGCCACCAAACAGUUGAUAAAAUCUCUGAAAUGGCUUGAAGUAGAAGGAGAGUGACACAGAUCAAUCAAUCCCAUGUAUAAAUACAGAAACAUUUUCUUCAUGUUAUGUCGGUUGCCUCUGGUGGUUCCUGCAGCACAGUAAGAAUUAAGAAAGGAGAAUGUUACUAGUAGUGUGUCAUUUCACUGGUAGCAAAUGGAUAUGUAAGAUUUUGGCAUCUGGCUUAGUCAUAUUAGAUGGCUAGAUGGUGUAAAAUUUAGUACAAAUUUCAUUUUUUUGGGAAGAAAAAUGGAAAAUGUCUCUUUGCAGAUGAUAAAAGAAAGACUUGCCAGCAAGGCUAGCUCAGUUUAGUUUGACCAAUCACCUUAAAAAGUCUCGUUUCAGCGACAGUGUGGGAAGAUCACCCUUGUGGUUCGAAUCUCAUGGGAAUCUUGAGGGUCAUUAGGAGAUCUUAACUCAUCAAAGGUGAUGAAGACCCUUGUGGUUUGAAUCUUGGGGUCAUUGGGAGACCUUAACUGAUCAGAGGUGAUGAAGACUCCUUGUGCGUAGAGUGUACAGGCAAGGGUGGGGACUGAACCUACUGAAGGUAGACUAAGGCUCGAACUCACAACCUCCCAUAUAGGAGAGCAACUUGGUGUCACUGGACCACAAGGUCAUUGGUUGUUCUGAUUACUUGUAGCCAGUUUUGGAAUAGGAAAAAGUGGCAUUGUUAAGAGAUAGUUGAGGAAGGAUUUAGCCAAGAUACAGAAUGGCUGGCUCUUCAUCACAGCCUGAGUUGGGUGACAAUGUAAAAAAGGAGCCAGGACCAUUGAUGAGACUCAUCCUACAAGCUGGGAGAGACAAAAGCGUGGUGAGUCAAGGUUUAAUGGAGCCAGUGGAGAAAAAGGAACCAGAGAAGGACCUCAACUGGUACCUUCCAUUGUACAAGGCAGCACUAAGAGGUGACUGGGAGAGUGCCAAAAAUUUCUUCGACCAAGACCCUGAGGCCAUCACUGCUAAGAUCACUAAAGUCUCCGAGACAGCGUUACACAUUGCUGUUGGGACACAAAGGGCGACAAGUUUUGUAAAGGAAUUGUUGGAGUUGAUACCAACCGAGGCUUUGGUAACUCUAAAGGAUCAAGCUGGUCAGACGGCCCUCCACUAUGCUGCCAUAUAUGGAAACGUUGAGGCAGCCGAGCUUCUGGUGACUAAAAGUCCUGAGUUGACUAACUUAUGGAGUGGCUCAGGAUUACUGCCUAUUCAUUUGGCUGCUGGCUAUGCCAACAAGGAUAUGAUUUCGUACCUCUUAACUGUCACCAGAGAUGAUGUAGAGCCCAGCCCAUUUGCUGACAGAUCUGGUGUAGAGCUUCUAAAUCUUGUAAUAUCUGCCGAAUUUUAUGAUUUGGCUUUAUAUCUGAUCCAGCUUUAUCCAAAGCUGGCAACAUUGCGAUCACCUGCUGGUAAUACUGCUUUACGUGUGAUUGCUGGAAAGCCUUCUGCAUUUCCAAGUGGAAUUAGACUCAAUGUUUGGCAGCGGUUCAUUUAUUCAUGUGUUCCUGUGAAGUUUGGGAAUGUGUAUAGUCCUGCUAAAAUUGGAGACAUGGAAAAUCCAGCUGCGGGGAACCAAAGGUCCAUGCUUAUAUGCCGCUGGGUUCAUUUCUUCCGGGAAUUUGGCUCUUCUGGGUGCAAGAAAUGUCAUGAAGCAACUUGGGAAUUCAUUGAAUGGUUAGUGCCAUACUUUAAAAGUGUAAGGGACACCAGAUUGAUGCAUCGGCAGACUCUUCAACUCAUCAAGCGCCUAUGUGCAGAAGUUGCAGGACUAGAUUACUCAUCAGCUGCAUCAAUAUUCGACGGUCCAAUCCUUUUGGCCGCAGUUUCAGGAAUCAGUGAACUCGUUGAGGAGAUUCUGGAAUCAUUUCCCCCGGCAAUUUGGUCAAGGAACCAAGAGGGGCAUAACAUAUUCCUACUGGCAGUUGAAAAUCGCCGAGAGAAUAUCUUCAACAUCCUGUACCAGAUGAGUGAGCACAAACAGUUAGCCACACAGCUUCGAGAUGUAAAGAGGAAUAACAUUUUGCAUCUGGCUGGCAAACUGGCACCUCCGCCUCGACUGAGUCUUGUUUCUGGUGCAGCUCUGCAGAUGCAGAGAGAGUUACAGUGGUACAAGGAAGUCGAGAAAUAUGUGCUUCCUGACUCUAAAGACACUAGAAACUCGAAUGGGAGAACGCCAGCAGUAGAGUUCUCGGUGGAACACAAAGAUUUGGUUAAAGAAGGGGAGAAAUGGAUGAAAGACACGGCAAAUUCUUGUACGGUAUCUGCAACUCUCAUUGCAACGAUAGGAUUUGCAGCAUCGAUUACAGUGCCCGGGGGCAAUAACAGCGAUAGUGGCUUCCCCAUUUUCCACAAAAACAUGGCGUUUACUAUCUUUGCUAUUUUCGACGCCCUUUCCUUGUUUUCAUCUACAGCUUCUCUACUGAUGUUCCUGUCCAUCCUCACUGCACGCUAUGCAGAAAACGAUUUUCUGUACUCCCUCCCAAGGAGGCUAAUAAUCGGCCUUACGAUGCUGUUUCUCUCCAUAACAUCAAUGAUGGUAGCUUUCAGUGCCACUAUCUACCUUGUAUUUGGGGAAAAGAAGGCGUGGACUCUCGUACCAGUGGCCGGAUUGGCAUGUCUACCAGUGACUUUGUUCGUGACGUUGCAAUAUCCCCUUCUAAAGGAUAUGAUAACUUCCACUUACUGCCCUCGCAUUUUUGGUAAGCGCAGUAAUCGCCUCCUCUUUUAGCUUAAUCAAGCCUGCUAGUAGCCAUUAUAGUAUGGAAGCUGCUUUUAGGGUACAUUCUUAGGCUUUCAGGGUACAUUCUUUAUGCUUAAAUACAGACUUUUGUAUGGAUUUGUAAUAUCUGAUUGCUCAACAUUGAACUUUCAUCCAAAGAAUGGCCUUUUUUGUACUUGGGUUGUCUUCAAUCCUUUGUAAAACUUUGUUUAUAUAGUGGAAGUUGUGAUUUCAAACUUUGA